UUAGAACAGUUACAAUCACGAAAUAUAGCGACAGCUCUGUGGAAAAUUACGUCUAGUAAAAAAAUAAUAAAAUAAUUGUCGCGCGCCGCAGAAUUCAUACAUAAAUAAUAUAUUUAUUCGUUAACGUAAAACUAAGUUGUUGUCUCAUUCUCCUGAAUUUUAUUUAAAUUAUUUAAUACAAAGUUAUUGAUUUCUUCCGUUUUUGUGUGUCAACAUUGUCCCAAUAAUAAUAUUAUUACGGUUAACAAAAAUUUUCAAGAUCAGAAAAGUGUACUAUCAGUGGGAGUGAAUUUAAAAAAAAAUAUUAAAUACAAAAAUGUAAAAAAAUAAUAGUUAUUUAAUUUCUACGGAUAUAUCACGACUGCUUUUAAAAGUACAUCAAGAAAAACAAUAAAUGUCAAAAUGAGCAAUACAAUAAUUUUACAAUUAAAUCUGAUUUUCAUAAAUCAACCAAAGAAUAGCAGAAGUGAAAUAAAUUUCCGGAAAUUAUUGCCAAUGUUAAGUGUUUUCCUACUAGUAUUAUCCAGUAAUUUUGUCGCUUGUGAUAACGAAAAUUACACAGAUAAAGAUAGAGAGCGACUACUUCAUAGUUACCAUAACAUUGUGAUAAAAAGUGAAAUUGAAAGUAGCAAUAUAACGGGUAUCUUGCCGUUUCUUGGGGGUUUUUAUCACACGGUGUACCAUGCACUGAACAAUAGUGAGCUCGUGCGAGAAGAAGACUGUGAACCACCUUCCGCAAUAAACGACUUUCCAGGAACGAUUUUUCCAGAGGAUUCCCUUUUAAAAGGAGCUGUGAUAUUUCAUAUUUUGGCAGCGAUAUAUUUCUUAUCGCUCCUUGCAGUGGUUUGUGGAAGUUAUUUCAUACCCUCAGUCGAAUGCAUCUGCGAGGAUUUACAUCUUUCCACAGAUGUGGCUGCAGCUACCUUCAUGGCAACCGCAACCACGAUGCCAGAAUUUUUUACAAAUACUAUCAGUACCUUCGUAACGGACUCUGAUUUGGGUAUUGGAGCCAUCAUUGGUAGUAUGCUUUUUAACACGUUAGGCGUGUCGGGAUUAGCUGCUUUGGCGUCACGAAAAUCUAUCUCAAUAGAAUGGUGGUCCAUAUCACGCGAUGCCCUCCUUUUUGCCAUCCAUAUAUCAUUACUUGUUGCCUUCGCCUUUGACGGAGUGAUUGUGUGGUAUGAAGCGACAGUAUUUGUUAUUUUGUAUGUCGUUUACUUCACCAUCAUGUUCCAAAACAAAAGAAUAUCGAAAUAUGUGAAGCCUUUUCUGGAGAAAAAUCUUUUCUGUUUUAGGAAGACGAAAAUUUAUGACAUCGAUCACGUUCAAGAUGUGACCGUAAAUAGCGAUUCUGGCAUUUUUGACAAGGAAACAUCCAACAGUCCAACGUUUAGUCACACAAACUCCGAAAUAAGGUACAAAAGCAACGAUAAUGGCUGCGUAAAUAAGGCUUACACAAAAACAGAAGAUGAAAACACAUCAACAGGUGAUCCAGAAAAACCUUUUAGUGGUCAUUUGCCAGUCGUUGGACCUCACAUCAUCGAAGACGAGGAUUUAGAUGACAUGACUUUAUGGAAACUUCCAUGGGGACGUGGAUCGUUGAAGUGGUUUUUAUGGAUCUACUCGUGGCCGAUUCGGUGUUUCUGUACAUGUUUAAUUCCAAAUCCCAAAACUUAUAGAAGUUUAUAUCCUCUAACAUUCAUUAUGUGCAUGAUAGUAUUAGCAGCAAACUCUUAUAUGGUUGUAUGGAUGGUAACCGUUAUUGGAUUUACUUUUAAAAUACCAGAAUCUGUAAUGGGACUGACAUUCUUAGCGGCUGGAGGAUGUUUGCCAGAAGCCUUUUCAGCAGUUAUCAUGGCAAGAAAAGGCGAUGGAGCACUUGGGAUCUCAAACUCGCUAGGUUCAAAUUCCUUGGCUGUUCUUUUCUCUCUUGGUUUUCCGUGGUUCCUGAGAAUAAUGGUUGACAAAAUUAAAGGCGAAGCAGGAAACGUCAUUAUUUAUAACAAUGGCUUGGAGUUUACUAUCAUCAUACUUCUGCUUGCCUUAACAUCCCUCUAUAUAAUAAUUUCCUGUACCGGUUUUCGUUUAACACGAACAGUCGGUUUCAUACUUCUCUUUUUCUACACAGUUUUUGUCACAAUUGGCAUUUUGAUGAACAUGGGACUCCUCUUUUCGUUCAUUGGAGGUCCCAUUAGCGGCGAGUGCUAAUAAUAAAACUAGUUUUUAUAAUAAAAGUUCCUUACAAACCUAAGAAAUUCACCAAAAAUCGUUAUAUUUGCUCGAAAAUGAAAGCAAAACUGUUCAAAGAGAAAUUUUAUUGCUAACAACUCACAAAAAAAAACACGUCAAUAAAUCUAAUUCUAGUAGGAAAGGAAUCAGAGAGGAUUCUUAACUUAAUUUUAAUAUUUAGAAUAACAAUUGUGGGUAUCAAACAAAAAAUUCUUAAAAAAUAAAUAAAUAAUAACUAAACUUUUUCUAGUUUCUGACGAA